AUGCGCCCCCACGAUCUCCACGAGAAGGAGAAGCAGAUCGUCUCCGCGAUACGCGCCCCUCUACGAGCUGCAAACCCAUUCCUUGUCACUGAUCGCCACAAUGAGAAGCAGCUCUGCGUGUCCUCCAGGAACCUAAGCCUGAGCGACUUCCAGCUGCUAAAGACGCUUGGAACCGGAACUUUUGCUCGCGUGUGGCUUGCGAGGUUAAAGGACAGUGAUGACAAGACCAAAGUUUACGCGUUGAAGAUUCUGCGAAAGGCCGAUGGUGAGCCAAUGCGUGCUUUCCGAAAUAUCCAGGGGUCAAAAUCCUAA